AUGAAAAUGAGAACCGCUAGUGCAGUCUUUGACGACAUUCCUGGACAGCUCCCGGCGACCCAGAUCCCAGCAGAUGUUGACCUGAAGAGCAUUGCAAAUUCUGCGAUUGAGAGCCUGAACUCCCUUGAGGAAGAUGACCUCGCGGCCGAUGCUACAUGGCGAGACCUUCUAUCUCUGACCGACACUUUCAGGACAUUCUCAUCUGCAACAUCUGUACUCCAGACCUUGUCAGAGCUCCGUGAACGCAAGAAGUGUUCGCCCUUCCGGAGUUCCGCUACUGAGCCUCGAAUAGUUAACAUACCAAAAUCUAGCUGGAUCGAUAUCGAUUUCGAAUUCGAGAUCCGCGAUGAUGGUUUGACAGGAGAAUGCUCUGGAGUCGUAUCUGUGAUCGCUGAUGCGGCUGGCCGAUUUAAGAUCUGGACGCUGCGAACUUGGCUUGAGCGAUAUGCUGGCCACGGAGAUCCAGAUCGAAGCCCGAGCGUGGAUGGUUCCACUCAGCUGAACGGACGCAACGGCGCGUGUCAUAAGCAAAUUUUUGAUGUCAUUGUUGUAGGAGGCGGCCAGGCUGGUCUUGGAGUAGCAGGACGUCUUCGAGCCCUGGGAAUUGACUAUAUCCUUUUCGAUGAUCGUCCUAGCAUCGGAGAUUCUUGGGCACAUCGCUACGAUUCACUAAAAUUUCACACAAUCAGAGAAUAUGGAAACUUGCCCUUCGGACGAACCUGGAACGAGAGCGACCCUCGGGAGCUUCCAAAAGACCGUAUUGCCUCUGGAUUUAAGGAAUGGUCUGAGAAGCAUGCAAUAAACGCACGAGCCAACACACUUGUAGAACAUGCACGAUGGGAUCAAAACUCUCGCACGUGGACAGUCAGGACCUCGAGGGCGUCAGAUCGCAGCCAGCUUGACGAAUGGCAAGCAAAAUACCUCAUUCUCUGUAUGGGGGUUGGUCACAAGGUGCCUGUAUCUCCAGACUGGGCGAUUGCGUCCAAGGUCAAGGCAAGCGGAUAUAAAGGCACGAUAAUUCACUCUGCGGACUAUCACAAUGUCAGAGAUUUUAGCGGACGGCGUGGCAUUGUCGUGGGAACUGCAAAUACUGCGCACGAUGUUGCUGAAGAUAUGGCGAAUGCCGGAAUGGACGUCACAAUGUGUCAAAGAAAUUCAACAUUUGUCUUUCCGCAGGCUUGGCUCGUCGCAGCGGAGAGUCGAGACUACAACAUGCAGAAGAUGACAGAGGUAGCAGAUCGCGAACAGGUUACGAUGCCAACGAAGGUCAGUCGUGAGAUAGUCAAUCGGACCGUCCACGACCGCAUUGAUCGUAAUCCAGAGCUGUUCGAUGGCCUGGAGAGAGCUGGAUUCAAAGUUGAUAGAUACGGCGAUCUUUUCACACAUCUAUACAUCAGAUAUGGUGGACACUACGUAGAUAUUGGAGCCUCCGAGCGAAUCAUCAAAGGCGAGAUCAAGGUCAAGACCACGCCUAUCCGAGGUCUGUCAGCAGAUGGUCUCGUGUUCGAAGACGAAAGUCAGCUUAAGGCCGACUUGAUCGUGUUAGCCACCGGCUACAAUCAUGACUUCCGCAAAGACGCUGCUGAAGUUAUCGGGCGAGAUAGUGCUGACCAGAUGGACCAUUUCUGGAAGCCUGACGGUGAAGAUCCCAACCUGUUUUACCACGGCGCGGAAGCUCGACUGGCCAGGUUCUUCUCGAGAUUCGUUGCAUUGCAGAUUCAGAAAGAGUUGCUUGGAAAGCCGCUGGAGCCGUAUCUGGAUGGUCGACCAGGGGCGCAGCUGUAA